AUGUCCAAAGCUGCAUCCUCCUCCUUUUUUAGAAGAUCGUCCUUCAACAAACAAGAAUGGGAUCAGAAAUUGAAGGAAGUAAAAAUCAGUAGAAGUGAAUUAAACGAAAUUGUGUUAAAUUAUUUAAUUGUAGAGGGAUAUGAAGAAGCUGCACAGAUAUUUCAACAAGAAUCCAAUCUCGACAACAAGCCUUCUACUCUGUGUAGUAUUAAUGAACGAGUCGGAAUUCGUAAAAAGAUGAUCAACGGAGAUGUAGCAGGAGCCAUUGAGCAAGUCAAUGAUUUAAAUCCAAAUAUACUAGAUUCUAAUCCUAAAUUGUACUUUAAACUUCAACAGCAACAAUUAAUAGAAUUGAUAAGAGAUGGAAAAAUUGAUGAGGCUCUUCUCUUUGCUCAAGAAGAGCUAGCGCCAUUGGUUGGAGAGAACACAGAAUUUUUGCAAGAAAUUGAAAAGACAAUGAGUUUGUUGGCGUUUGAAAAUAAUGAACAUAGCCCAUUUGCAAACUUGUUGACGAAUGGACAACGGCAAAAGACGGCUUCAGAGCUCAACUCGGCAAUAUUAAGCGCACAGCAUGAAGAGACUGAACCACAACUACAAAAACUUUUACGAAAAUUAAUAUUUGGACAAAAUAGGUUACAAGAAAAGGUGUCCUAUCCAAAAAUUGUUGACAUUUUGAAAUCAGAGUUUGAACAAACAGAAUCAGCAUCUAAUAGUCAGAAUCUAUCCUCCCAAGAGGACUCCUUGUCAGAUGAGAUGGAAGAAGAUUAA